AUCCUGCUCACUGUGAAAGAGAAGCAGGCACUGCACCAGGCCAUGUACAAAUUCCUGGCUAUGACAUCUGUCAGUGACCUGAGUGUGUCCGCUCUAUCUACCCUGCCCAUGGUCUGCUUCAAUGUCAGGGUGAUCGGCUUCGAAGCCUGUAUAGCUCAGAUUUUCUUCAUCCACCUGUUCUCCUUCAUGGAGUCCAGCAUCCUGCUGGCCAUGAGCUUUGACUGCUAUGCGACCAUCUGUAACCCGCUCAGAUAUUUAGCUAUACUGACUGACAACAGUAUUGUCAAGAUGAGGUUGGCUGUUUUCAUACAUAGCUUCAUUAUGAUUCUUCCUCUACUCUUCUUCCUGAGGCGAAUGCCAUUUUGCAAGGCCAAUGUCCUGCAUCAUGCCUACUGUCUCCAUCCCGACCUCAUCCUCCUGCCCUUUGUGGACACCACCUUCAGCAGCUCUUUUGGCCUGUACAUCAUAGUCUCAGCUAGUCUCACCUUCCUCUCCUACAUCCUGAUCUUCAGGUGUGUUCUGACCAUCACAUCCCAGGCAGGGCAGUCCAAGGCCGCCAACACCUGUCUCCCACAUCUGUGGCCCAGACCUUGCGGAGAUCACAUGUCCUUCCUCGAGGUACAGAGGUCUUACGUGAGAAACGGCGCCUAUGGGGAGCUUUGGUCAUGGCACGAGGGUCCCUUCGUGGUCGCCAAGAAACUGUACUCGAAAAGAGAAUGGAACUAA